CUUUGGAUCUUCAGUAGCUGAGGGAUAACAGAACAAGUUUCGAAAACAGAUCGGCAAAGGAACAGUAACACACUGAGGUUGGAACAGAGAUGUCAUUUUUAUUUGAAUGGAUCUAUAGGGGAUUUAGCAGCGUGCUCCAGUUUUUAGGUUUAUAUAAGAAAUCUGGGAAGCUGGUGUUCCUAGGGUUGGACAAUGCUGGGAAAACCACGCUACUGCACAUGCUUAAAGACGACAGACUUGGGCAGCAUGUCCCCACACUGCACCCAACAUCCGAGGAGCUGACGAUCGCUGGGAUGACAUUCACGACCUUUGACCUUGGUGGUCACGCACAAGCGAGAAGGGUUUGGAAAAACUACCUGCCAGCUAUAAACGGAAUAGUUUUCCUUGUGGACUGUGCUGAUCAUGAACGCCUUGCCGAAUCUAAAGUUGAGCUCGAUGCGCUGUUGACUGAUGAGACAAUCUCCACCGUGCCAAUCCUGGUUUUGGGGAAUAAGAUUGACCGGCCAGAAGCCAUCAGUGAGGAUGCGCUCAGGGGGAUGUUUGGCCUUCACGGUCACACGACUGGAAAGGGGAACGUGUCACUGAAGGAUCUGAAUCUGAGGCCCAUGGAGGUGUUCAUGUGCAGUGUGUUGAAGAAACAGGGGUACGGGGAUGGAUUCCGCUGGCUCGCUCAGUACAUCGACUGACCCUGCUGAGUGUGGCCAGGUCACUGAAGGUUUUUACCAUAGGGAGACUGGGAUGGUCCCCCAUUUCUUACUGACUCUUCUUACUGAAAAGGGAAAAAGGCUGCCCACCACUUUGGAAGCUACAAUGUACUGUAUUUAACCAGCUUGAAGUGAUGUGAGUGCCCUGGUGGUAAAUGUUUCAGCUCUGCUCCGAAAUGUUUGCCUUCCUUUUAAACAGUGCUUGGUGUUGGUGUGAUUUAACAUGUUUGAUGCUUAAAGUUAUGAAACAAAACCCUAGAUUGGCAGAGGCACCCCACUAACAUAGUUUCAUAGUUUGCCAUUGCAUAACAGUAAUGUCAACCUUUUGUCAGAGUAACCCAAGCCAUUCAUUUGCAUUGAAAUCAUAUUUAUUUUUCAAAGUAUAUCCAGGUGUGUAGAAUGUCAAGAGAGUAAGAUUUACAAAAAUUAUCCUGUCACUGAGGCACAAAGUGAUCCUUAGGUGAUAAUCUCUAAGGACCUUUGACCAGUUUGCCAUUCUAAUGGUACACAUUUGAACAUUAGAGAAUGAGAUUAUGUAAAGUUAAAAUGGGGUAAAUGACAGUCUGAUAUUGCUAAAGAUACCGUUCUAAGCUCCAUUUUAAGCUUUAUGUUAUCAUUCUCUCCAACUACUAUAAACAGCUUUGAGCCACUCUAAACCACUGCAGUGUGCAUUUUUAAGUAACAUUUGAACAGAAAAUAAUGGCAAUUGGUGAAUAGUGACACAUGUCCCUGUGCAUUCAAACUUUUAAUCAACGUGGUAAACAAUACAUUGUCUUAGAUUCAGUGUUGUGGAGAAUAGGUUUUCGGAAGGAAUGUGAUCAGUUUGCAAAGAAGUGGGAAGUAUCUUAAGAGUGAUCUGCCAGUCCUGCUGUUGCCUUUUACAAACCUUGCCAAAGACACAUGUUUAGAUCUAAAGGUAGCUUUAGAUUUGUCAUGCUUCACAUGAUGUGGAGGUGUGAUCAGUUCUGUUGACUUCAGUAUAAUGUGCUAAAUGAUAAUGGAGUGAUGGCCUCAUGAAAUGCUCUCAGCUGCUAAUGUACCAGUAAAAGAAUGAAGCCACAUCAAUACAAUGAACAGGAGAAAGAAGCAGCAAUACAUACUAUUAAGGUUGUGACUGUUGAGCUACUUAUGAUUUGUGGGGCAGGCCACAGUAACAUGCCCCUUAACCCCAUCCUACCUCCAUCCUAAAUAAUAAAUAAAUUAAGGUUGUAUGGUAGGUCUUUUCUAAUGAAACUUGCUGCCUCAGACACUAUCUGGGGAUAGGAGUGUGAGGCGUUAUGUAUCUGUUCAAUUCAGAAAACACACAGACAAUUGUCAACUUCUAUUUAAGGCUGAUUUUUUUCCUCUAAAGCCAAAUUAAGAUGACUUUUUUCACCAUUUGAUGGGACUGUGGUGACUUACUGGUCAACACCAGCCAUCUUAGUGCUCUGAUUUUAAACUAGUUAUGUGUUUACAGUGUGUUUUCAUUUGAACUGGAAUGCAUUUAGUUCAGCAAACGAUGUCCUGUAACACUAAAGGUUUUAUAAUUCUAAGAGUUUUUGGUAGUGGGAUGGGGCAAUAUUAUGUAUGUACUGUACAUGUCAUUGUAGUUACUGAAGUGUACAUUGUCUACAGAAAGCACAGUUAACUGAUGAAUCCAUUUUAGACUUAGUACGAUAAGUAUUUUUUGACUAUCGGCUGCUAAUAACAGUUAGAAUAUGAGAGUAGUUAUGAUAUAUGCCAUUGGCGUAAGCAUACUGUGUUUCUGUCUUGUAGAUAAUGUGAAAUGAAUGCACUUGUUAUUUGCUACAGGCUGUCUCCCUGA